CUAUGAAUUAUAACCCCGAUCUAAGCUGCCUGAGGCAGUUACUUAUCCUGGAAGUAGCGCAAGCGUGCGGUCUGUAUCGUGGAGACUGGCUGAACAAGAGGUGGAUGGAUGAGUUGCGAGAGCGUUGCAAAAGCAUCACCCGAGAAAGAUCAAGAGCUCAAGAGAUGGACGUGCCUCAGCUCGCCAUUGAGUACAAACGAAAUUUGGAGUCGACCGCAGCUUUUGUUGAACCACAGAUCGAAACCUCACACGACCAUGACCCUGCGAUUCGAUAUCGGUACCUUGUUGGAAAGAACAUUACAGAAUCAUUGAACAAUGCAAGUCUCUGCAUAAGGGCCAUACAUUGUAUGGGGGAAAGUAUUGAUCCUGAUGACAUAGACAAGACCAGUUCGGAAGCCAUUGAAAAUUCAAGUAGAUACACUAUAGGCUUCGUUCAUCGGCUGGUUAAAGUUCUCCUAAUUGGUUCAGAACCGGAUCGAAACACCAGUAUAGGUUGUAUCGGUCUGUAUGAUGCAUCCGUUAUCGAUGCUGGCCUUAGAGCGAGACGACAAAAUUACGAUGUUACAGCUGCGAAAAUACACAAAAUUUUAGGCGAGCUGUGUCGGCGAAUGAACUCCUCUUUUACUGUAGGGGAAGUAUACCCUAAACGAACUUUUCGUUUUACGUUAUACGAAUGGAGCAAGAUUUUGCUUUCGACAGCUAUUGAUUUCGAAAAGCUACUGAGCGAACUUGCGCCUCUUUCCAAGAAUGGAUUUCAAAGCGAUAUGGAUGGGAUUACAAAUUUUUUCGAUACACUGUGUCUAGAUACAACAUAGUUAACUAGUUUUUUAGUUUAUCUGGAUGCGCAGCCCAUCUAUAGUGUAUGGUAGAGCAAGGGUCGAUCUUGGUUUUUGUUUUGCAAUUGACUGUGGUUCAU